CAAUCUUUCAAUUGGAUUAAACUGAAAACUAGUCCUUUAACACAAUGGGUGAUAGUCAGUACUCUUUUUCGCUUACCACUUUCAGCCCAUCUGGAAAGCUGGUUCAGAUUGAGCAUGCUUUGACUGCUGUUGGAUCUGGUCAAACAUCGUUGGGUAUUAAAGCUGCUAAUGGUGUUGUAAUUGCUACUGAGAAGAAAUUACCAUCCAUCUUAGUUGAUGAAGCGUCUGUGCAGAAAAUUCAAAUUUUGACACCAAAUAUUGGAGUUGUCUACAGUGGCAUGGGCCCUGAUUCUCGAGUUUUGGUUCGGAAAAGUAGAAAGUCGGCUGAGCAAUAUCACCGACUCUAUAAAGAACCAAUCCCUGUCACACAGCUGGUGAGGGAAACUGCAGCUGUCAUGCAGGAAUUCACCCAAUCAGGUGGUGUAAGACCUUUUGGUGUUUCACUCUUGGUUGCGGGAUUUGAUGACAAGGGUCCACAACUAUAUCAGGUGGAUCCAUCUGGUUCGUACUUCUCUUGGAAGGCUUCGGCUAUGGGGAAGAAUGUCUCUAAUGCAAAGACAUUUCUCGAGAAGAGGUACACGGAGGAAAUGGAGCUCGAUGACGCUGUCCACACUGCUAUACUGACAUUGAAAGAGGGAUUCGAGGGACAGAUCUCCAGCAAAAAUAUUGAGAUUGGCAUUAUUGGAACAGACAGAGUAUUCAGAGUUCUCACGCCAACUGAAAUAGAUGAUUACCUACAAGAAGUGGAAUAGAUUUUCUUUCUGCCCAAAGGAAUUGGAAGUAGUAGUUGGGUAGGAAGCGCGGAUGGGGGAAUAGCACUACUAUUGGAGCUUCUUGUUGGCUUUGUUAUAAUUUGACUUUAAUCAAACCAAACUUGGUUGUAUAUUUGGCCAUGUUAUGGUUAUUUAUUGCCUGAUUGAUACUCUGAAAAGUUUAAUAUGUGGGCUUUCUCAGUUUCUUGAAUUUACAGAUUGUUCAAGUGUUAAAGGAAACAUAUGAUACAUUGCGUGGGCAACCCUCUUAAUGUCCGAACUAUGUCUUUGAAACAGAAGGCAUAUAUAAUUAUUGGAACUGCAUUUUCAUUUUU